AUGCAGUCGCAACAAACCAGAUUCACUCUACACAGAGAUCUACAACACAGAGACCCAACCAUGGUACCAGCCAUCACUUCAUCAAUGAACCUCUCACAUCAGCACCAACCUUUAAAAAACAAGCUUAGGAAGCCAAUGGUGGAAAAGAUGCGCAGAGAUCAUAUCAACAGCAGCAUUGAUCAGCUGAAGUCUCUCUUGGCUCCACAAUUUCUCAACCAGCAGCCUGAUUCCAGGUUGGAGAAAGCAGACAUCCUAGAAAUGACAGUCAGCUUCAUGAAACAACACCAGCAACAGUCUGCAUUGUCCACCAGCUCAGCAGCUGUCCAUCAAGGCUUCUCCAGAUGUGUUCAUGAGCUUGUCCACUUCCUGUCCAAAGAAGAGGUGAACAAACAAAACACAGAGAGUCACAGAAAACUGCUGCAGCACUUCCAGAAUCUGAACAAGAGGGAAAGUGCUGUGGUUCAGCUGAGCUCUGAAGACCAGCAGAUCUUUAGUAAAGAGGAGAGUUUAUCCAAGAACGCCCUCUGGAGACCCUGGUAAAGGGAAGAUCUGUCUCAAAGCGGGAAAGUCACGUAUCAUUGUGAAUGGACUUUACAAGUGUUUGCUCAACUUUUG